GCAGCGGCAACUCGUCCCUCUCUCGUCUCUCUCCAUCCUCGACUCACUCAUCAGAGGCCUCAUUCAGCAAGCCCUAGCAUCCCCCCGCACAGCAUCCCCGCAGAUGGAACACGAAAACCCAAAAGAAACGUCCCCAAGUACCACGGCGGCCGCCGUCGCAGCCGUCACGGCCGCUGCCUCGGGCAGCACAGACCCAGACGCGCAUCGCCCGUUCAAGCGCUCGCGCAUCCGACAGGCAUGUGACAGGUGUCGUGCACGCAAGUCCAAGUGCGGCGAUUUGCGACCAUGCGAGCCGUGUAUCACAGCCGGUGUAACCUGCGAAGACUGGAGGCCAGGUGGAUCGACACCGAUAAAGCAUGAUGCGGACAUUGCUGGCUUUGCUCCCUCGUCGAGCGAGGCCGCGGCACCAAGGAGGCACGCUGUGACAAACGACUGGCCGCUGGUCCCCCGCGAAGGCCGCUUCCUCCGCCUUGCCUUUCCCUACGACACAAUCUACCGCACAGAACGAGGGAGUCACACGAGUCUGUCGUUCAGCUCGGGCCUCGGGCUGCUGCAGUACCUCCAUGAGCACCACAAGCUCGUCAAUCCCGAGCCAGGCUCUGGGAUGGAUGACCCGCUCAGCUUCCUGCUUGAUAUGCCAGCUAAUCCACUCCUCCCUCCACUGCUGACUGUCCCGCCGCCUGAAGAGCGCGAUGCGGGAGGUAGCAAGGGGCAGGGUGUGGUGGAUGAAGGUCUGUGGACUCAACUGAGCGAGCAGGUCGGCCUCACUAUUAUCUGGACCCUCGUCCGUCAGUUCCUUGAAACAUCGUACCUCUUCUGGCCAACGUUUCUGCUUCGCGAGUUUGUGGAAGUGUCGCAGGACCCGAGGGAGCGCUGCAAGCCGGACUUCAUCUGUCUGCUGCUGAGUAUAUGCGCGCUGGCGUGUCGAGAGAGCGGAGCGGGACGGACAACCAAGGAGGAUCCAAGCGAGGCGCUGUUCGACCUGUACUGGCAGGUCCGUCGCCGCUACCCCACAGCCGACUGGUCGACCCUCACCUCUAUCCAAUCCGUCUUCUACCUCGCCAUGUACUGCUACGGCGGGUCAGGCCCCAACGGCGUGGUCAUGGGUCACACCCUGGCCAACGAGGCCGUGUCACGCGCUUUGGACAUUGGACUGCACAGGAAUGUCGAGGUCUACACCCAGACCUUUGCGAGGAACGAGGUCGCCGUUCGCGCGAGGACACUGUGGGCCGUGUUCUGUGUCGACAAGAUCCAGAUGGCAUAUGGUCGCCCUCCGAUGCUACGGCUCUCUGAAAUCGACAUUGACGAAAUCCCCCUCGACGUCAACUCGACCAACGAACGCCUGACCCUCGGCGGCCCAACCUAUCUCCCAUACCAGCGCGCCUGUGUCCGCCUGUACAUGGUUCUCGAACGUGCCAUUGACAAGAUCAACAUUCCCGGCUGCACCGCCUCGAGCGUGAUCAACCAGAUCUCUCAAGGCAAGAGGAGGAUCCGCGAGACGGCUGUCCAUCCCGAGGGCUGUGUGUGCGACCACGGCGCACUCGACUUUGACGACGAGCUGAAGAUGAUCGACACGUACCGCGCGCUCGACCUCCCGCCGUCGUCACAAGACAUGGAAGACGACAAUAUCUUCCACUGCCACGUCGAACGUCUACGCACACUCUCUGCCUGGGUCAAGGUCUUCAUUUACCGACAUCUGUUUGCUGUCCACAACACAGAUGUCGGUAUCGAGUACCCGUCGCUCAAGUAUGGCAAGGAGCUGCUCCACUGGUCGCAGGACCUGCUCGCCUCGCAGCGCAAGAUUCUGCAGCGUGGAAGCUUGACUGACUGUGGCGCAAUCUGCUCAUACCAGAUCUCCCAGGUCGGCCGCGGCCUCAUUCCCGUGCUCUACCUCUCCAAGCAUUUGACACCAGAGCAACUGGAGCCACUCGGCCAGCACCCCGAGGCGUUCCGUGCCGCCCUUAGCCUCUCCACCAAGCUUCUGAGCGACCUGGGCAUGCGCUUCCCGGCUUCUGCCCGCAGCAUGGAUAUUAUCGAUGCAGCAGCACGCCGCCUCGACGUGGAGAUCACGCUCGAGGGAGAGGCCAGGUUGCCUGGACACGUCCGUCGUCCGCCCCGCUCCCAGUCGGACCGAUGGAUGAACCACCUACCACUCUCCAACCCCCUUGCAAUGCCGCUCCUCACCUCGUCCUUCGACUUUGUUGGCCUGGCGACCGAUGCCGAUGGGUCCAACAUUUUCGGGCCGUAUUCCGACUUUGGCCGCGAGGGCAGCCACAACGACGACACUGGACUCGGGGCGAGUUCAAACAGCGGCGUCGAUGGCGAACACACGGGGGGCGAGUAUGGCCUUUCCGAGCACGCACCAGAGAUCCAAGCAUUGCUUGGCCUCUCUCAAGCGACCGAGCGCGGCGAAUCCUCGUCGAGGUCAUGAGUCGGCCACCGGUGCCGACGGCCGGUCUCUGUAUUCUUUCAUUCACUUGUAUCCUACUAUGAUGAGCAUGUGCUGACCGAGUUGUGUGGCUACAUCCUGAC